CCUUAAUUUUCCGUCCUGCAUUUCGAAGGGAGACCUGAAAAAGGCUAAAAAGGCUAAAAAGGAAACAGAAGCUAGCUGAAUUCUGUUCUUGAAUCGGCUGCUUCGUGAUCACGCAUCUGCACUUCCAUUCCGUUUUCUCUCCCCUACCAGACACACUGGGAGGAAAUUUCCAUCUCCAAUGGGGGUUCCACAGACGAUGGAAAUUCUGAGCGCGAGAGCCGCACUUGUGAGAGAGUCGCUGCAGAAGAGCCAGAAUGUCACAGAGAACAUGGUCUCCAUUCUUGGCUCCUUUGACUACCGUCUCUCCGCCCUUGAAACUGCAAUGCGGCCUACUCAGAUAAGAACUCAUUCAAUCCGGAUGGCACAUGAAAAUAUUGACAAGACAUUGAAGGCUGCGGAAAGUAUGCUGGCUCAGUUUGAUCUUACACGCAAGGCCGAGGCUAAAAUACUCAGGGGGCCACAUGAGGACUUAGAAAUGUACUUGGAAGCAAUCAGUCAACUACGGAGCACCAAUCGCUACUUUACUAGUAACAAAAAUUUCAAAAGGAACGAAGCUAUUCUUACCCAUACAAGCAACUUGCUUGUCAAAGCCAUUUCAAAGCUGGAAGAUGAGUUCAGACAGCUUUUAACAAAUUACAGUAAGCCAGUGGAACCCGAACGUCUAUUCGACUGCCUCCCCAACUCGUUGCGUCCAUCGUCAGCAUCUAAGCAAGGUGAUAGUGGUAGCAAAAAUAGUUCUGAACAUCACAACAAAAGCUUAGAAGCUUCCGUCUUCAUUCCCCCAACUCUUAUUCCUCCCAGGGUUCUUCCAUUGUUGCAUGAUUUGGCCCAACAAAUGAUUCUAGCUGGCCAUCAGCAGCAACUGUUUAGAAUAUACAGGGAUAUUCGUGGUGCAGUCUUAGAACAGAGUCUUAGGAAAUUAGGCGUUGAGAGGCUUAGCAAGGAUGAUGUCCAGAAAAUGCAGUGGGAGGCUCUUGAAGCUAAGAUUGGGAACUGGAUACAUUACAUGCGCAUUGCUGUUAAAUUGCUGUUUGCUGGGGAAAGGAAAAUAUGUGAUCAAAUAUUCGAAGGUGCAGAUGCUCUCCAGGACCAAUGCUUCGCAGAUGUGACUACAAGUAGCGUGUCAGUGCUACUAAGUUUUGGAGAGGCAAUUGCCAAAAGCAAGAGAUCACCAGAAAAAUUGUUUGUUCUUUUAGACAUGUUUGAAAUAAUGCGAGAACUGCAACCUGAGAUUGAAACACUAUUUGGAAGUAAAGCAUGCAUUGAAAUGCGGGAUUCUGCAUUGAGCUUAACUAUGCGCCUUGCCGAGACAGCUCAAGAGACCUUUGUUGAUUUUGAAGAAGCCGUAGAAAGAGAUGCCACAAAAACUGCUGUUCUUGAUGGGACUGUUCAUCCCUUGACUAGUUAUGUGAUAAAUUACGUCAAGUUUUUAUUCGACUACAAAUCUACUUUGAAGCAAUUAUUCCAAGGUUUUGAAGCUAGCGAUCCAGAUGCUCAGUUAGGAGUGGUAACUAAAAGAAUUGUGCAGGCCCUUCAGACUAACCUUGAUGGGAAAUCUAAGCAAUAUAGGGAUCCUGCACUAACUCAAUUAUUUCUGAUGAACAAUAUUCACUAUAUAGUGAGAUCUGUCCGAAGAUCGGAGGCAAAGGAUUUGUUGGGUGAUGACUGGGUGCAGAUACAUCGAAGGAUUGUGCAGCAGCAUGCAAAUCAAUACAAGCGGAUUUCUUGGGCAAAGAUUUUGCAAUGCCUCACUGUUCAGGCCUCAGGUAGUGGUGGUGCAUCGGGAGAUGCUGGCGGUGGACUUUCAAGAGCUAUGGUGAGAGAUAGGUUCAAGACUUUUUACAUUCAAUUUGAAGAGCUUCAUCAACGGCAAUCUCAGUGGACAGUUCCUGACAGUGAGUUGCGAGAGUCAUUGAGGUUGGCAGUUGCUGAAGUUUUAUUGCCUGCCUACCGAUCUUUCAUCAACCGUUACGGGCAGAUUGAGAAUGGAAAAGCUUCUCAAAGAUAUAUCAGAUAUUCUCCGGAGGAUCUUGAGCGUAUGCUAAAUGAAUUUUUUGAGGGUAAGACAUUCAGUGAACAAAAGCGCUAGUAGCUUCUCCAAAUGCUCUGUACAUGGACAAAGUUAGCGCAGGUACUUCCCCUCUCCCCCCCUUGUUCUUUUCUCUACAAUUUGUAUAAUUAGAUUCGUUCAUCCAUUUUUUAAUAUUUUCAACAUCUACAUGCUCGUAUGCAGUUUCUAGCAGUAUGACAAGUCCUUCCUCUUGCAGGCACCCUCAUUUUUUUUAAUGGUCUUGUUGUGUAUAUGUCAAUUUAUUCUCGCGAGCCUGCCUAGGAAAAUAUUCAAAGUUGUGUUCAUUAAUUGUAUCUCUAGAAAUUUUCAGAACCAUAAUAAUUCAUGUCAAUGUAGAAGAAAAAUUCCAAACGCUUGAGCUCGGCUACACUUUCUUCAUGUUUCUUUAGAUUUCUUGUAAUAAAGGGACAAAAACUUAACAAAAUUUAUGAAUAUGGCUGAAGGAAACGAAAGACUUUUUCAUCAAAUUAAAUAGGAUAUGAUUCAUCUUCCUGUCAGCUAUGUAGUGGUUUCUGUCCAAUAUACUUGGUGAUUUCCAAUCCUUGAUAUUGUAGUAGUAAUAGUAGUAUACGAUGCUCUCCUCCACACUUUCCCUUAUAAACAAACUUUCCAAAAUGCCCACCAGAACCUUUCCUCUCCUUAUCCUUCCUUCUCACUUCUGAGACCUGAGCACACUUUUUUCAUCUAUUAGGUAGGUGAACAAGACCUUUUCUUUGGUGCCUACGAGUAAGAAUUAAGUGACGCCGAUGCGUUAUAUAGAUUUUUUUCUCUCCUCGUAGUCUUGGUUUGCCUCAUGAAAGAUUAAUAUGAUUGCCAAAGAACCAUUAAAAUCACAUGAGGAUGCCAAGGCUUAUACUUUGGUGCACCUUGACCAACUAAAGAUACGCCAAGGUAAGCCAUCUGAUAGGUUAUAUGGAUUUUCCUUAAACUUCAAAGAUCAAAAGUAAAGAAGGCAAAGCCUUUUGAUCAUUCAAAUGCCUUCCUUCUGCACACUCAAUUGUUGGAGGUACACGAGGGAAGUAACUUUCUGUCAUCAAUCAUGGAGGACUGUUGACUAUAUUUGUUCAUUUUAUUCCGUAGGCUUCAACUUUACAUCGAUGUAUGCCCUCCCUCAAUUUGGAUAAUUAGUACAAUUUAUCCUAGAAGUUGCUAAGCUUGGAGAGAUUAGAGCGUCAUGAACAUGUUGAUGGUUUCCUUAGAACAUCAGGAAUAUUAAGCAGAAGCCUGUUAUGCUAUUAGAAUGGCCUCUGGUUGCUAAGGAAAAUCUUCGUUAGUAUUUUCGUCCACGUCAACAUCGACAUCUAAAACCUUGAAAAUUAGGAAUGUCACUCUUUGAGCUAAAAUAUUACAAUAAUUACGAAGGAAAAAUGUCUGAAUUAUAAAGCCAAAUCAUGAUAUUUGAUGGUCGAAGUUUUGCCUUAUUAUUAUUAGUAGAGGUCUUGUUUUUCUGUUGAGGUGGCUUAAUUUGUUUGUACAUGGGUUAUGUUAAUUUCGGAUAGGAAGUCACGUUCAUUG